GCGCGCAGUAGUGGGAGUGAAACCGUUCGCGGGGCUCGAAGGGUUCGCCGAGUUCGCUCGCUCGAGAGGAAAACAAGUUCAUCGAAGUUCACGGAGUAGCGGCCAUACGGUUCUUCUUCAGCAUCUAAUACGGUACAAGUGCGCGAAAUAUCUCUCUCUCAGGAGAGAUUUUCUCUCCCCGCAGGAUUUUCCUUCGGAAGGAUUCUCCCUCCCUCCUCUCCUCCCGUGCACUUUUGUCUAUCAAUCGACUGACCGAGGUGCGAGAUUACACCUGACGUGUUAUUGCGAGAGAAAGAGAGACAGACUGGUGGACGCGGAGGAAUGUCGGACGCGGGGAUACGCGAGUGCAGAUAGAAUUCGCGGACGCGAAUGCCCGGAGGACAAUCAAUUAUCCUGCGCGACUCUUCUCGAUGAGUGUGUGCGUGUGUGUGUGUAUGCGUGUGUAUAUAUAUAGUUCGUCGAAACGCGUCAUCGAAUCGUCAAAGUGAUCCAGACUUUGGAAAUAUUCCGGGAGAAGUCUAGAGUGAGGAACCACUCCCUGGGGAACUUGUUCGAGGAUUGGCUUCGUCGUGAAAGGAGAGACGAAGGAAAGUCCAGGGUGGAGGAGGUGGACGUCGAGCGAAUGGGGACACGGCAGGUUGACGUAUGAAUGUAGUCGCGCAGUCACAGGGACACACAGGCGCCUUCAUGAAUAUUUCGGACAAGAUGUCAACGACCACCGAUGUCAGUGACUUGGCGGACGUCCCCAAGGAAGGAACGCCGAUAUUUCUGCAAACUCGCGCGGCCCAAGUCAUCGCUGGUAUAUUCGUGUGGGUGGCGCUCUUUCUCACUUGCCAACAGAUUUACCAACAUCUCAGGUGGUACACGAAUCCCACCGAGCAGAGAUGGAUAGUGCGAAUUCUCUUCAUCGUACCCAUCUAUGCCAUAUAUUCAUGGGUCUCGCUGUUGUUCUUCAACAGCGAAAGCUACUAUGUUUACUUCUUCACGGUGCGAGAUUGUUACGAGGCGUUUGUUAUAUAUAACUUUCUGUCGCUGUGCUACGAGUACCUAGGUGGUGAGGGCAACAUUAUGUCCGAGAUCAGAGGCAAACCGAUACGUUCCAGUUGCCUCUACGGCACUUGUUGCCUAGUCGGGAAGACGUACACCAUCGGCUUUCUGAGAUUCUGCAAACAAGCCACCUUGCAAUUUUGCUUAAUUAAACCUGUGAUGGCGUUUGUCAUCAUAUUUCUGCAAGCCUUUGACCAUUAUAGAGACGGAGAUUGGUCCCCCGACGGUGGUUACAUUUACAUCACUAUAAUUUACAACAUUAGCGUAUCGCUUGCACUUUACGGACUGUUUCUAUUUUAUUUCGCUACAAGAGACCUGCUUACGCCGUUUGAGCCUGUGCUCAAGUUUUGUACAGUGAAGAGUGUCAUCUUCCUGUCGUUCUGGCAAGGUGUUUUACUUGCUAUUUUGGAAAAGGCAAAUGUUAUUUCUCCCCUUAUAAACAGUUUGGGUCAGUCAAACACUGGUGCAGUCUCUGCUGGUUACCAAAAUUUUCUUAUUUGUAUCGAAAUGCUGUUUGCUGCUGUAGCUUUACGGUACGCAUUCCCGUACCAAGUAUAUGCAGCUGGCUGUGUUACUGACUCCAGGGGUAGAAGCGUGACAAUGCAAAGCAUCAGUAGUAGUUUGAAGGAAACGAUGAAUCCAAAAGAUAUUAUGACCGAUGCCAUCCAUAAUUUCCAUCCACAAUACCAACAGUAUACACAAUAUAGUGCCGGGGGCCCGAAGGGACAACGUGGUAUGCGAGUAUCCAGCUUUGAUCCGGACGAUCCGCAGAACAUGCCGGUACCGCCGCCGCAAAGGCGAAACACCUCUCACCAGCGCGUCGCCACGAUUUCGCAAAACUAUAACGAGAAAACGAUGUUGCUGAGCAGCGACGAUGAAUUUCAAUAAGGCAUGUGUGAUUUCCAAGUUCGACUACUCGUAUCAACGUUGCAUCACAAUGCCCGGGACUUCCAUAUAAACUCUUUUAGAGUUCUGCUUUUUGGAGAAAAAGAAAAAAAACAGGAUAUGCUUUUUAAGCGAAGCGAAUUUAAUCAAGUAGGAAAUGUAACGUUCACAGAAGACAAACGGGCAGUGAUUUAAGAAACAAAGAAAAAAAGGAAUGGGGUGAGAAAAUAAAAACGAAAAUCGCGCGGGAUGUAAGAACGUAUUACGCCGCACACUGUAAUAGUUCCAUAAUGUUACAUCCAUGUUAAUAUAUGUAUUAUGUUAUGACAUAUAAUGAGUAAAUGGUAUAUAGAAGAUAUUUAUUUUACUAUGCUGAAGAUGUAUUUGAGGCAAUGUGUUAUCUAUAUACCUGGUGGCUCUGUACUACGACACUGUAAAAGAUAUUAACUGCACGAUAAAAACUUAUACAUCUUGCGGAUAAGCGAAUUGUAAUUGUGUAUAGUACUUAAUUUUAUUGCGAAAUCACACACAUUUUUUUUAUUACUAAUUGUUCAUGAUACAUCUAUUAUAUAAGUAUCGACAGCUUCUCUUUUCACUUUUGUAUCUUUUUUUAUUUGCGUAUUGCGUUCGACGAAUUUUCAUCAUUUCUUUUUCCUUGUAAUCUCGUACUCGCAUAAGAAGCCUCGAGCCACAAAAAUCUUUGCGUCCUUGUCAAAGUCCUAUGAAAUUAUUCCUUUUUUCGUCUUGCGAAAUUCUCGUGUAUAUAUCAUUAAAAUAGAUUAUAUCUGAAAAUGCAAAAGUUGACGAGUUUUCUUUCAAUGAAAGCCUUUCGAUAUAUAUAUAUGUACCAAAAAAAAAAAAAAAAGAGAUAAUAAUAACAUUAUAGGCGCGCGGGAUAAAGUGCAAAGAAUUGACGGGUAUUGUGUCGAAUAUGAAUAAACGUUUGGUAUUUGGUGUCUUACAUGUGUGUGUACACAAAUUGUGUAUAAUCCUUAUAUUUUUUUUAGAAGAAACAUAACAGACGAUCAAAGUUGUAAGGAGCAAAGAUCUAUUUUAUACGACGGAGCGCAUCGUGUCGAAAAAGAUUUCGUCGCCGUUUAAAAUGAAAAGAAAGAGAGAAACGAGUAAAUCUGUGAACAAAUUUUAUUGUCCUAUUAUAUCUCGUAAUAAAGAUAAGAGACAACUAUA